AUGGCUUCUGAAGCGCCGCCCCCGAUGGACGCCCCAGCCCAGGCACACGAUGCACCCGAUGCAGGCGAUGCGACCAUGAAGCCCGUCAAGCGGUCGUGGAGACGCAAAUACCGCAAGAUGCGCAUCAAGUUCGACGAGGCCAUGACGGACAGCGACAACCUCAUCAAGCAGGAAUGGAAGGCCAUGGGCACGGCGCGCCGUCUACAGGAGAACAACGACCAGAUCCUCGACAUCCUGCUCGAGCUCAAUGAACAGACACGCGUCAACCCGCGCCUGCGCUACGACCUGCGCCACCUCUCCCAGGCCGACACCGCCGUGGAUUCUCUCGAAGUCGGCCCUGGCCCGGAAUUUGUCAAGCAGCAGCUGCAGGCGCUGAGGGAUGACGUUGCCGCCAACAGAAUCACCCCGGAAGAGUACGCGACCAAAGCAGACCAGUUACACACUUCGCAGGCCAUACAGCAGACGCUCAAGUCGCUCGCCAGUCUCCAAAGCAAAGUCCCCCACACGACGCGCGCCGACCUGCCAGACCACCCCAUUGAGGGCAUCGACCUCAGCGAACAUGCGCCAGGCUACAUGUCCCCUGCGCACGAAGACGAGUACCUCCUCGCGACCGACCAACUCCUCGAGCAACCUGGCUUCGACCAGACCCUCCAACAAGGCCGUCCCGUCCGUCUCGCCUCCGCCCAACCCCCGCUCAGCGAAAAGGACCUUACUGUGCGCAACCCCGACAGCGUCUACAACUGGCUGCGCAAGCACCAGCCACAGGUCUUCCUGCAAGACAAGGAUGCCGCGCAUCACGAGAAUCUCUCGGAGAAGUCUGCCGCGCCAAAGACCACCAAGGCCAACGCAGCCAAAGUCAAACGGGAGUCCAACAUCGGAGGAGGCACACCCGGUCCCCGCGACCACGACGACGAAGAUUCCGCCGCCCCCGAGACCGGCAAAGGACGACGGAAGACGGGUGGUGGCGGCGACGACGACACGGCCUACCGACCCAAGGGCGGCAGUUCUCGACCCGCAAAGCGCAAGCGGGAAGAGGGUGAUACGCCCGUGGGUAAGGGAAGCAGGAAGAAGAAUCGCGCCAGUACCGGACAACCUGCUUGA